UACGCUGCCAUUUUGUCCGGUAGAGAAGCAACCAGCCAGUCAGUCCGUUAAGAGAACCUACUGGCGAGACUUUUCAGACAGCGGCACCGGACGGGACUGUCGGUUACAGAAAAAACAGAAAAAAGAAGCCGGUAAUGUGGAGUCGGCAGCCGAAGGAUCAGCACCAACUGAGCCCGAGGACCGUGAAGGGGACACAACCGAGCUAAGGGAGCUGUCAUUUUUAACUUAGCGGGUCCGCCGGCUCUGCUCUUCGGUCAGACUACAGGCACUCGCGCCGCUCUCCGGCUGGCUGGCUGGCUGGUUAGCUUACCCCCGCUCGGCUAGCUGCUCGGCUAACACCCAACCGCUCGUCUCGCGUCUCUUCUCGCCGGGGAGAAACCGCACCUGUCCCGGCUGUCAGCUUCACCUCACCCUCUUGUCAACUUCAAACAAUGUGCUGCUCGGUUCUGAGUGACUUUUUACGCCCGAGGUGGGUUUUAACUCACACUUUGCCGAGCGACCAGUGAUAGCUAAAACAGCCCGAAGCUAACAAGUUGACGUGGAGGAGGAACUCGAGAUUUUUUUUCUCCCCCCCUUUUUUUUUUGGAUUGUCGAGAUUGUUGUUGAUAUUCUCCAAGCUGUGAUUUCAUACGGAUUAAUAUUUUUUUCCUACACCCGAGGUGGACUUGUGUCUUUCUCAAACAAAUCGUCCAGGUUACAAAUCAGCCAGUUAGCUAUGUUUAUUUGUGGCCAGAAAGUAAUUUCAAGUGUUUACAAAUUCCACAGUGGGACUCUUUCCUGGUUCGAGUACUGCAACGGAAACAUUAGCUAACACAGACUAGCUCAGAUAAGUGUUGUCGUGUUUUUUGUUUACUAGAUAGAUAGUUAGUCGGAAUAAACUGUUGCCAAAACUACAAAAGGAAAGCUGUUGAUUGUGGUUUUCACUGUAAAGCCAACCAGAUAUUCUUGUACCUGCAGUUUUAUUUUGUGCCACCAGUGAUCUGACAUUACUGCUGGUUUUAUACGCACCUGGAGACAAAAAAAAAAAAAAACUUAACACAACAGUGGGUGUCUGAUCGCAACCCUUUACCUCCACUUGACAGUGAAGUCACGUUGAGUUGUGUCCCGCAGGGAGUUGAUCCAUUGAUCGGAUAUCGUGCUAUUUUGGCUGAUUGAGGGGAAAAAGCGGAGAGAGAAAAGAGAAGGGGAAUAGAAGAGAUGUCGGGCCAGUCUAUCACGGAUCGGAUCGCUGCAGCGCAGCACAGCAUGACCGGGUCGGCCAUCAGCAAGGCUGUGUGCAAAGCCACCACACAUGAAGUCAGCGGACCCAAGAAGAAACACCUCGACUAUCUGAUCCACUGCACCAAUGAGAUGAACGUGAACAUUCCCCAGCUGGCGGACACGCUGUUUGAGCGCACAGCCAACUCCAGCUGGGUGGUGGUCUUCAAAGCCCUUAUCACCACCCACCACCUCAUGAUGUACGGCAACGAGCGUUUCAUCCAGUACCUGGCCUCCAGAAACACUCUGUUUAACCUGAACAAUUUCCUGGAUAAGGGAGCUCUGCAAGGUUAUGACAUGUCAACCUUCAUCAGACGAUACAGCCGUUACCUGAACGAGAAGGCCAUGUCCUACAGACUGGUGGCUGUGGAUUUCACCAAGAUGAAGAGGGGGAUUGACGGAGUGAUGCGCACCAUGAACACAGAAAAGCUGAUCAAGACGCUGCCCAUCAUUCAGAACCAGCUGGAUGCUCUGCUGGAUUUCCAGGCCAACCCUAAUGAGCUGACCAACGGUGUGAUCAACUCAGCCUUCAUGCUGCUCUUCAAGGACUCCAUAAGGCUGUUCGCUGCUUACAACGAAGGGGUCAUCAACCUAUUGGAGAAAUACUUUGACAUGAAGAAGAACCAGUGUAAAGAUGCUCUGGACAUCUACAAGAAAUUCCUUUACAGGAUGACGAAGCUGUCAGAGUUCCUCAAAGUGGCCGAGCAAGUUGGAAUAGAUCAGGGUGACAUCCCAGAUCUCUCACAGGCCCCCAGCAGCCUCCUGGAGGCUUUAGAGCAGCACCUGGCCUCUCUGGAGGGCAAGAAGACCAAGGAGUUGAACGCAGACACCAGAGCGUCCACCCUGUCCAGCGCCGUCUCGUCCCUCUCCUCCACCGGCAUGUCCUUCAGCCGCAUGGACGAGAAGGAGAAGCAGCAGGCCUUGGAGGAGGAGCAGGCUAGACUUCAGGCUCUUAAGGACCAGCGCCUGAAGGAGAUCAGCAUGCAGACUCCACCCUCUGCCUCCCCCAGCAGCCAGUCGAUAGGCAUCGCCAACAACAACCACAUCACACAAACCCCAGAGCUGUUCAGCUCCACGCUGUCUGCCAACAGUGUGCCCAAUCUGAACAGUGACCUGUUUGAUCUUCAGCCGGCCUUCAUCCCCGCUGUGCAGAGCACUCCUUCCAUCUCCACCGCCAACAGUGCCUGGGGAGGUUUUGAUGCUCUAGGAGAUCUGUUGAAGCCUACAGUUCCUACACACACCGCGCCUCCUCCUCCUCCUCAAAUGGCCAUCCAUCAUGGAGGAAAGCUGCUAGCCAACGACCUCGACUCCUCUCUGGCCAACCUCGUGGGCAAUCUGCAGUUUGGUGGGACCCCGGCCAAGAAGCCAGAGAUGCAGUGGAGCCAGCCCGGAGAGAAGAAGCUGACGGGGGGCCAGAACUGGCAGAACAAGACCAUGUCGACCACGCAGUGGAGCCCCGCGCCCGUGGCCCCACAGCCCAUGCCUGUACCACACGUGGCUCCAGCUCCCAUGGCUUUCCCCAUGACCACACCGCAAGUGCCUGUGUAUGGAAUGGUCCCCCCCCAGAUGGGUCAGAUGGGUGGGGUACCAGUGAUGGCUCCUCAGCCAAUGAUGUACAACCAGCCUGUUCUCAGACCCACCAACCCCUUCGCACCCAUGCCCGGAGCCCAGAUGCAGUUUAUGUAAUCCAGUCAGGGGGGAAGCAGAGUGCCAAAAGCGACAAACAAACAAACAAACAACAGAAGAAAACACACAAGAGGAAUGAUCAGACGGACGGAGGAAUGAUUUGAUCGAGCUAAAAUGACUAAGAGACAGAAAGACGACAAGAUAAACUAACCGACACCAAAAAAAAAGUUGGAAAGAGGAGAUGAUGACCUAACAGAGGAUGGAGGGAUGGAGGGAUGUGGUGGUGUUUGUCUGAAACAACUUCCUUGCGUGUGUGUGUGUGUGUGUGUGUGUAGCUUCUUUCUGUUUCGUCUGAUUUGUGUUUUAAAACCUAUCGAUGGAGUGAUGUUUCAGGAGAGGGAAUAUGGAAGAGAGAGAAAGAUGUAAAGAAAGACAGAGGAGAGAAGAGGGGAUUGAGGAAAUCCUACCUCUGGUUUUCAGCCAGACUGUAAACUGUCUGACUGUCGUGAGAGUCUCUGCUGCAGAAUUAGCUUUAUUUCAUACUGGUGCUAUUUUGUCUUCUCUGGGUUACUGUCCGCCUGCAACGGCAACUUGGGAGCACUUAGGAGAGGACAAGAAGUGUUCGUUUGGUGCGAGUGUGGAGGUGUUUAUUUGUCUUUUGUGUGUUUGUGUGAACGCAAGCAGUUGUUUCAGACGAUACCUUUACAACCAACCUCCUCUCCAUCCCCUCCUUCGUCCUCUGUCUGUGUCCACAACUGUCCAAUCAGCGAGAGAUUUAGAGGCGAAUCUUCUCAAGUGUGUUUCCCGUAAUUUUCCGCUCUGUUGGGAUAUAUUUGUAUUUUUCAAUCUUGUUUUCUCCUGCAACCUCUCCUGAAUGUUAUCGGGGCUUGUACAGCAAUUUGUUGAACCAUUUGUUAAUAGUAGUUGAGCGUUUGUUGUUUAUGGGUUUUUUGAGCUAAAGUCUUUGUUACUCAUACUGCAUUGUUUUCUUCUCCUAAAGCCACAGAUACACACAGAGAGACAGGGAUUAGCGGUGACAACAUGUUAGCACAGUGCAGAGUUGAAACCAUCUGUGAACCAAAACUUUUCUUUAAAAUGUAUUUCUUGAGGCCUGGUUGCACCAAAAAGUGGCACAACAAAAUUCAUCCAUGUGUCUUAGUGGAAUAUUUGCUGAGCUGGUGUAGCUGGUGAGCUAACUGCUAACACAUUAGCCAGGUGGGAACAGUCAUAGUAGCUCUCAUCUUCUCUGCACUGUAUUCUUUACCUCCCCUUGGUAUUUUAUCCUUUGGUUAGCACACACUAGCAAGUGUGUAACUUAGAGCCAGCUAGAGCUAAUGGUGUAAAAUCCCAGGAAGCUUUUGCAUUUAGCUCAGAGCUAGCUAGCUAGUGUCAGUAACUGACAACUUCUUCAAAAGAUGUACUUGGCAUACAGUCCUCUUUUGUGGAGCAAUUUAUGCUUAACAGAACAUUUCCAGAAACAUUAAAACACGGCUAAUUAGCAGCUUCCUCCAUUUUGGACUCCGGACAGCUUGCUAUUGUUCAACAGCACAAAGUUGUGAGUCAGAGUUCACAGAAGUUGAACUUGUCAUGAAGAAUUUGCACAAAUUAACCUCCCCCAUGUGAGCAAUUCUACCAAAUUUCACAACUUUAAACAAUGGUGUGACCAGGCCUUUAACUGGGUGGGAUUUUGCCUCUGCUUAUUUUGACAUUUUUGGCUGCCAUUGCUAGGGUAAAAUGGAAGAUGUUUGUACUUUUUGCCAUGCUAAAGAGUGUUUGUUUGCAUCAUUAGCUUGUUAGCUGCCUCGAUGACCUGUGUGUAUCUGUUUUUCUUGUCUUCACUAGCUCACCAAGCAGAUUCAAACAUCAGGGGUUUCUAAAAUCAGCGCUUUUUCAUUAGGUACACCCUGUUGGUAGAUCCACAUUACGUGCCAAUGAUUGACGACAGCAGCACUGAGUGAGUGGGUUAAAUGUUACUGAAUCAAGUUGAAUUCACUUUAAAUUGCACUGAGUCUUUAGGUACAACUCUGUGCCAAGAGCCAAACGACACUGAAUUUUUGGCAUCACCCUCGCUCCGAGGUUCCAGGAAAUUUUGGGGAUCAAUUUUGACUCAUGUAGGAGGUCGUGGCUGUUCAUCAGCCAAAGCUUCCAUCGCCAUGAGUUUGACUGUUGGGUGUAUUUGUGCAUAAUGCAUUUUAUUGUGUAUGCUUACACAUGUAUGUGUAUGUUUUCGAUUGAGGGCUAUUUCUGAGGGUCAAAUUGUGUCAGAUUUCGAGCCAAAUUUGAGCCAGGGAGUUUGACAUGAAAUGUGCUUGUUUUGUUUUGUGAAAUCAAAUUUUGUUGCAAAAUGCACAUGCAAAAACUUUGCACUGAAGUGACUAUCCUGCCGUAGUAGACCUGUUGCCAGUUUUUCUGGUGUGGAAAAAGUUGAGAAAGAGAUUUGAAGUCUGUAAAGAUAGUUUGGUUUUACAAAAAUGAGUUUGUCUAAUCUACCGGCCACUUCGGCAGGUAACUAAAAGUUAUUUUCCUGCCAUUCUAACAAUGAACUUGAAACUGUUUGUAGUCCCAUCUCCCUGUUCCCAGUCCAGCGUCCACAUCCCAAUCAUCAGUGAUAGUCCAGUCGUAUCACACUCACCAUCCACUCUGCUGUGAAAUCUCUAGAAUCUUGCUUCAGUCUCUCAACUCUGUCUAGUUGGUCUAUCUCUAGAAUGCUUUUUUAGCUUCGCCACUGUUUGGUAUGUGUAGAUAUGUAAAAAAAAAUAGUGAUAAUAACCAGUUUCUGUCUAGAUUGUCUGCGCUCACCCAUCACUGUCGCUGUUGGAUAGAUAUUGCUCUUGGACACUUCUUGUCGCAGUCUUGUGUUAGCUUAGCCUCUCCUCAUAGUAUCCUCCUUGAAACCUGUAGAUCUCCUGCAGUAGGUUUCCCACAUUGUCCUCACCUCUGCCAGUGUCUAGUAACUAUAGCUCUAUUAUCUCUCUUGGUGUCUCUGUCUUUUAGCUGUAGACGAAACCUUUCGGAGGCUCUCUCCGGCUCAGGCUUUGUGGUUUUCACUUUUCUCUAGCUUUAAGUGCGCUCUUUCUUCCUCUUUGCUCUUUCCUCGUCUUUUUCCCUGCCUCAACAACAUCGGCCAUCUCCACCUCAUGUUAUGAUGUCAGCAGCCUACAAACUGUUUCUGAUUGGACUGUUGAACCUCAACAGCGAAUCUGAUGCUUGGAUAUCCAGGUCUUUUUGUGAUUUUAAAAAUUGAGUUUUUGUUGGCCGAAGGAGAGACAUACGGUUCUUUUCUAGAACAAGUCAAGUACAGUAUAGAGUCCAAGCAUGUUUGGAAAUUAGCUUUAGCUAAAUGCUAGCAGAUUUCAGCAGCAGCUGGAAGGUUUGUCUGCCCAGUUAGCCACUCAACUAGCCGUUGUUCAGGGGUACUUUUAUUCAGUAGUGAGGAAACCCACAAAUGGAUAGCUGAAAAAAAUCUCAGUUCAAGUCCCUGUUGGUCUGGGCUUGUGCUUCUUCUGAAAUACACGUAAACAUCUUUGCGAACUUGCCCAGAUAUUUGCAGAUUAUUGCUAACAGUAGGUCACAGAGGAGAGCAAGUUGAUUGGUUGAUUCAGCAUCCCAAUGUUUGGGCGUCCAUUUCAGCGUACUACUGCCACAUGUUAUCUUCCAGCAGAGUAUAGGAACUUCGUUCACCAGCUUGUCACUGUCCUGUGCAUUUACAUUAAUAAAUCCAAAUUUUGACCCAUAAA